AUGGCAAGCGACAACACAACUUUGUGGGAGACGCUGCUGCAGGCUCACCACUCCUGCGGCGGCUGGAAGCCCAGCUUGGAGGGCUCCAUCUACCACCUAGCCAACAUCUUCUUUGUUUUGGGUUACAUGGGCGGCAGCGGUCUCGUCGGCCUUCUCUACAUCAACCUUUUCUUGUGCUGUGGUUUCCUCUGCACUUCCAUCUGGGCGUGGACGGACGUGUGCGCCGCUGAUAUCUUCUCCUGGAACUUCGCUCUGGUGGUCAUCUCCGUCCUGCAGAUCAUCCAUGUCGCCUACCAGCUCCGCAGCGUCUCCUUCCAGGAAGAUUUGCAGAACCUGUACUGCGCUAUUUUCCAACCGCUGGGGAUCCCUUUGACCGUCUACAAGAAGUUGGUCACCUGUUGCAACGUGGUUUCUUUGGAAAAGGACCACUGCUACGCGAUGGAAGGCAAGACUCCAAUUGAAAGGCUAUCUCUCCUCUUGUCCGGGAGGAUUCGAGUGACUGUGGAUGGAGAGCUCCUGCACUACAUUUAUCCAUAUCAGUUUCUGGAUUCCCCGGAAUGGGAUUCACUCAGACCGUCGGAGAAUGGGAUAUUCCAGGUGACGCUAACAGCAGAGACUGACUGUCGCUUCGCCGCCUGGAGGAGAAAGAAACUCUACCUAUUAUUCGCCCAUCAUCGCCGCAUUUCCAGACUGUUUUCCGUCUUAAUUGGAAAAGAUAUUGCGGACAAACUGCACUCACUGAACGACAAAGUCUGUAUCAACAACGGGUUCCGCUACGACAUCAGGUUGCCUAGCUUUUAUCACUUGGCUGUGCCUGUGAGCGAGCUGUCCGAGAGGAACUCCAGGCGCCUCAAGUUAUGA